UCUUUUUCAUCAGCAUUAAUUCUAACGACUAGCAACUAAAUUAACCAAUCAAAGUUGGGGCUCGAGGGAAACGGAAACUCUAUAUUCAUCUCGGUAGAAGCAAAGCAACGCGUUUGAAAAGCAAUACACAAUGUGUAUCUCACUGCUGAGCAAUACUCAAAUUCCUGCUACGUUACCCGCACACAUUCAAGUUGAAAAGAAAAUGGCACAAAGGCUUGGGAGAUUCAGAAGCUACACAUCUCAACCUUCAAAAGCAUAUUUUUCAGGACCAAAGCAAGGAAAUGCAUACAAAGCACUUUUGCUGGAUGCUGGAGGGACACUUUUGCAAAUGGUGCAGCCUGUUGAAGAGACGUAUGCAAUAGUUGGAUCAAAACAUGGGGUAAAGGCAUCUCCUAGUGAAAUAAAAAAAGGUUUCAAAAAGGCAUUUGCUGAACCAUGGCCAGAACGACUACGCUACCAGGGAGAUGGAAGACCAUUUUGGAGACAUAUAGUUGCACAGGCAACAGGCUGUGCAAGUAAUGAUUAUUUUGAAGAACUAUACAAACAUUUCUCACAGGGUGAUGCAUGGAAGCUUCCAGUUGGAGCAUAUGAAGUUCUCAGCCAUUUGAGAGAUGCUGGAGUAAAACUGGCUGUUGUCUCAAACUUUGACACACGCUUGAGGCCUAUAUUAGAGGAUAUGGAUGUUGCUAAACUGUUCAAUGCAAUCAUCAUAUCUUCAGAAGUUGGCUUUGAAAAACCUGCACCACAAAUAUUUCAAGUUGCUCUAGAUCAGCUUAAUGUGGCUGCGAGUAAAACAGUACACAUCGGAGAUGAUCAACAGGCAGAUAAAAUUGGUGCUGGUGCUCUUGGAAUUGAUUCUUGGUUAUGGGGUAAGGAUGUGCACACAUUUAAAGAGAUUUUGCAUCGCAUUCUUGGCUCAGAUGUAAAUUGAUGGCAGAGGAUUUAGCAAGACUGUAAAUGGAAUUGCCAUUAUUUACUGCUUUUCGUUUUUUUGUUGCUUCAAUCUGCGGUAUGUGAUUUAUCUUUGAAUUUCAUCAAUCAAUAUUUUUGGAUAAACUUAGUAAUGGAUAUCUUUCAGUUCUUGGUUCUUAGUCAAGGCUCUGUAUUGUAGAUAAAACAACUUUGUUAAUAAAAAAUCCUCCAUCAAAAACAAUAUUGUUGUGAGGUCCUUCUGAUUUUAUGGAAGUAACUAUAUUGAUUAAGAUAUUACCAUUCUAUAUAGAGGGCAAAUCAUUGUAUGUUUCAGGAAUCGAAUAAAUAUUCAGUUUGAAAGUAUUCUUACAAAAAAUGGUCUGAAAUUAUGAAAAAAAGAACAGAAUACUUUUCAUCUUCAGGUAUUUUUUCAUUUUCAGGCAUGGUUCUUAUCCAUUCAUAUACUUUCACAUUUUGAACUUUCUUUUAGAAAGAGCUUAAAGUGCCAACACCCAUAGCAAACCGACUGUUUAUGUCAGAUGUUUCUCAUAUUCCUGUAAAGGAAUACCAUCAAAAUUUCCAAAAGUAAUCAAUGAAUUAUGGCAUUUUUUUUUGUUGAA